CUCAAAAAUACAACUUGCCUAAUAAUUGUGCACACAGUGUACAGUGGAUGCAAGAUUCCAAGUCGGAUAUUCCACAUGAGCACUGUACAAAUGGAGAGUUACAAGCUGAAUGAUUUGAAGAAAACAAAGAUCUGCAUAUUCUCCAUGUUGUGGUGUGAUGCUGCCCUUUCACCUUAGUCAUUUGUAUAAACUAAAAUUUAUAAGCAGCCAAAUUGCAUUUGAAGCACGUCUAAUAUGUUCAGUUUGCUCUUUAUAUCCUUGGAAAAUUUCACUUUAUCUUCAAUUGUUUUUUAUUUUUUUCUUCUUUUGCAGACUAAAUAAAUCGAGAGCGACCUCGCGUUUCUCCAGAUAAUCCGACCGGACACCCCUAUGAACGCACUAAAGUGGGAAGGUUAAAACGUCACAACUCGGGAGCUCUGAAUAGUCAGCUGGCACGCUAAUGUGGCAUUACAGGAGGUGUUAAGAUGGCUGUGCGUAGCAAACAGAACAAAGCACGCCUGACAGAUAAGAGGCGGCCAUUCGGCACAUCAGGCCAAUGACUCCUGCAAAUGCAACGGCUGGAAGAACCCAAACCCUCCCACUGCCCCCCGAAUGGAGCUGCAGCAGCAGGCAGCUAGCCUGUCGGAGCCGUGCCGGAGCUGUGGCCAUGCCCUGGCGGACCAUGUUUCUCACCUGGGUAAUGUCUCUGAAGACGAGAUCAACCGGCUCCUGGGAAUGGUGGUAGAUGUGGAGAACCUCUUCAUGUCUGUCCAUAAGGAGGAAGAUACGGACACCAAGCAGGUCUACUUUUACCUUUUCAAGCUGCUGAGAAAAUGCAUCCUACAGAUGAGCCGGCCAAUUGUGGAGGGAUCCCUUGGCAGCCCUCCUUUUGAGAAGCCAAACAUAGAACAGGGUGUUUUAAACUUCGUCCAGUACAAAUUCAGCCACCUCCCUCCAAAAGAACGGCAGACGAUGUAUGAGCUCUCCAAAAUGUUCCUGCUGUGCCUCAAUUACUGGAAGCUAGAGACGCCAUCGCAGUUCAGGCAACGUGCGCAGAAUGACGAUGUGGCCGUCUAUAAAGUGAACUACACCAGAUGGUUGUGUUACUGCCACGUCCCUCAGAGCUGCGACAGCCUCCCCCGCUAUGAGACCACCCAGGUCUUUGGUCGAAGCCUCCUCAAGUCCAUCUUCACUGUUACACGUCGGCAGCUCCUGGAGAAGUUCAGGGUGGAGAAGGACAAGCUGGUCCCAGAAAAGCGCACCCUUAUCCUCACGCACUUCCCCAAGUUUCUGUCCAUGCUGGAGGAGGAGAUUUACGGAGAAAACUCUCCGAUCUGGGAGUCCGAUUUCACAGUGCCGGCUACUGAGGGCUCUCAGCUUGUUCCUCAACCAGCCGUCAGUGGUCCAGCAGCCGCUCCCAAUGCACCGGCCUUCACCAAAACUCCUGGCAGCAGCUCCUCCUUGACCCCAAACACAUUAGAAACUGGUUCUUCAGAUCCCAUGCCUGGUGAAAAAAGAAAAUUACAGGAAUCUUUGACCCUGGAGGACGCCAAAAGAAUUCGUGUACUCGGAGAUAUCCCAAUGGAGUUGGUGGACGAAGUCUUAAUGACCAUUACUGACCCUGCUGCAAUGUUGGGUCCAGAGACAAGCUUGCUAUCUGCAAACGCUGCACGGGAUGAAACUGCCAGACUGGAAGAACGAAGAGGCAUCAUUGAAUUUCAUGUCAUUGGGAACUCUCUGUCCCAGAAGUCCAACAAAAAGAUCUUGAUGUGGCUUGUCGGCCUGCAGAACGUCUUCUCGCACCAACUUCCCAGAAUGCCCAAGGAGUACAUCACCAGGCUGGUUUUUGACCCGAAGCACAAGACUUUGGCUCUGAUUAAAGAUGGCCGGGUGAUUGGCGGGAUAUGCUUCCGGAUGUUUCCUUCGCAGGGCUUCACCGAGAUAGUCUUCUGUGCGGUCACUUCAAACGAACAGGUCAAGGGAUAUGGCACACAUCUGAUGAACCAUUUGAAGGAGUACCACAUCAAGCACAACAUUCUGUACUUUCUUACCUAUGCAGAUGAGUAUGCCAUUGGGUACUUCAAGAAACAGGGCUUUUCUAAAGACAUCAAAGUCCCCAAAAGUCGCUACUUGGGUUAUAUUAAGGAUUAUGAAGGGGCUACACUCAUGGAAUGUGAGCUGAACCCCAGGAUACCCUACACUGAGCUAUCGCACAUCAUCAAGAAGCAGAAGGAGAUCAUCAAAAAGCUUAUCGAGAGGAAGCAAAGUCAGAUUCGGAAGGUGUACCCAGGAUUGACGUGCUUCAAGGAAGGUGUGCGGCAGAUUCCCGUGGAGAGCAUACCUGGCAUAAGAGAAACCGGAUGGAAACUCAGCGCAAAGGAGAAAGGAAAAGAGCUGAAGGACCCUGAGAUGUUGUACAACACUCUGAAGAACCUGCUGGCACAGAUUAAGACUCAUCCCAGCGCUUGGCCAUUUAUGGAACCCGUUAAGAAGGCUGAAGCUCCUGAUUAUUAUGAAAUAAUCCGCUUCCCCAUUGAUCUGAAGACGAUGACGGAGCGCCUUAAAAACCGAUACUACGUGACCAAGAAGCUAUUCAUCGCCGACCUGCAGCGCAUCAUUACUAACUGCCGCGAGUACAACCCCCCCGACAGCGACUACUGCAAGUGCGCCAACACCUUGGAGAAGUUCUUCUACUUCAAGCUGAAGGAAAGCGGGCUUAUCGACAAGUGAGGGCACCUCGAAGAGGGUCAAAAGGGAAAUGUGAGGUGGCUAUGGAGCCGGAGCUUCUGCCCUCUGCUGCCAUGUUCUUCCUCAGUCUGGAGGGGCCGUGAUGGACACUCAGUUUGACUUUUUUGUGCUUUUUUAUGACUAUUUUUGUAAAGUAUACACCUUUCUCCGUUUGUUAAUGUCAAGCUGUGGUAUUCCUUGUGCCAAAGUAGGCCAGCUGUGUCCAGUCUGUGUUGGCGCCCCCGAUGAAGACUGAAGACAGUCAAAGGGUGUUACUUAGUGACGAAUGGCGCGUGGCACCCCUUUGUCAAACUUGUAUUGUGCCCAGAGCCUUGCCAAGUUCAUUGUCUGACUGCUUCUUUUAUUUUUGACUCUGUGAUACGCUGGUGCCAUCGUGACGAGCCAGUGACGACCCACCAACUGCCAGUGUUCAAGUGGGCACCAUCUCCUGUGUCUAAUAUGGUUUACAUGGUGUGCCAGUUUUAGUUUAAUUUAGGUUUUAAUUGUAUUUUUUUUCCCCCUGAUUGCCACAACAUACCGAUCAAUGUCAUGCUGGGUGGCAGAUUUGUGUCAGUGAUGUGCCCACAGCCUUCCAUCCCUGAUGCCUUCUCUUUUUAUACUUGUAUUUGCUUGUUUUUCCAUGAGGGGCUCACUGUAGCCCCCCUGUUGUUUGAAUUUGCUCCCAAACCCACACUUUGUUGACGGCAGGCACUUUGGGGCAUGGAGGAUGUAAAUCCAAAAUGGAGAGGACACUGAAUGCAGGACCAUGUCAUGCUUUUCUUGCCCCCUGCGUUAUUGUGGGACCAAAAUGAAGGGGCAGUGGGCAAGUGGGUGUCCCCUUGCCAUCCCUUUUUUUGUUGCUUGAACUUUGACCCAGUCCAGCUGACUGACUUGUCCGUGUUUCUUUGUCUCCGUUUACAUGAUUCUCUGUUCACGUGUCAUGGGGGGCACCAUGCAGACAUCUCAGCCCCCCCUUCAAUAACAAAUUCGUUGUAGCUGGAUGUUACUAGAAAACCCACCUGGCACACUGAAACACGAAGCUUGAUGGCUGACCGUUGCGUGUCUGGCUGUUAUGUUUUUAUUCCUCGUACUGAUUUGUGGACUGACUUGAACGUGACAGGAGAGGUGACCCCUGGCACCCAGAAAAGCAGGGCAGGGCAUGCCAGCCAAACCCACUAAGCAUUUCACAGAGCUGCCUGCCAAUCUGGCAUUUGUGGCAUCUGAGUUUUAUGGUCAGUAAGGUUUAGUCAGUGUGAGGGGUAGGGAGGGUCUCUGGAGGUUUUGCUUUGUUAUUCCUAACUUUGGUUCCGUUUGACAAAAGCAGCACCUCGAUGUGGGCGUUCAGUUGUGUGUUCAAGGUGUUGGCCGCAGCUGGCAUCACGUACAGUGUGCAGCAUGUUUGUGUGUGUGUGUGUGUGUACAGCUGGCAUCGAGUGUUCAUGAUGACCAAGCGUGUGUGUGUGUGAGGCUGUUAGCGAAAUGUACAGGGGGCACCUGCUCUAUACCUAGCAUCCGUCCUUGGAUAUAAAGGGGGUCAUAAAAAUGGCCAGCAUUACAUUAAAUUUAUAAGCCAGUCAUUGCAUACAUACUGUGUGAACGUGGGCGUCAACGGUUCGUCGUACAGUCCAGGUGUGCGUUAUGUAUACAGUGUGUAUCUGUGUGUGUAGCAGGAAUUGGUCAUUAUUGACAUGUUUCUGUGUAUUUAAACAUAUGUAUCUCUACGUAGAUCUGUACAUAUAUACAUACAUACCUAUGUAUAUACACAAAUAUAUGUAUACACAGUAUGUAUU